AUCCGACAGCCGGUGGGUCCAGGCCAUGGGGCAGCCCUGGGCGGUGGGGAGCGCGGAGGGGGCGCCCGCGCGGCUGCCUCUCGUGCUCACUGCGCUGUGGGCCGCGGCUGUGGGCCUGGAGCUGGCCUAUGUGCUGGUUCUAGGUCCCGGGCCGCCCCCGCUAGGACCCCUGGCUCGGGCCUUGCACCUAGUGCUGGCCGCCUUCCAGCUGCUCAACCUGCUGGGCAACGUGGGGCUCUUCCUGCGCUCGGACCCCAGCAUCCGGGGCGUGAUGCUGGCCGGCCGCGGUCUGGGCCAGGGCUGGGCUUACUGCUACCAGUGCCAAAGCCAGGUGCCACCCCGCAGUGGGCAUUGCUCCUCCUGCCGCGUCUGCAUCCUUCGCCGGGAUCACCACUGCCGCCUUCUGGGCCGCUGUGUGGGGUUCCGCAACUACCGGCCCUUCCUGUGCCUGCUGCUUCAUGCUGCAGGCGUCCUGCUGCUUCAUGCUGCAGGCGUCCUGCUGCAUGUCUCUGUGCUGCUGGGCCCUGCCCUGUCAGCCCUCCUGCGAGCCCACGCGCCCCUCCACACCGCCGCCCUCCUCCUGCUGCCCUGGCUCAUGCUGCUCACAGGCAGAGUGUCUCUGGCUCAGUUUGCCCUGGCCUUUGUGACCGACACGUGUGUGGCAGGUGCACUGUUGUGCGGGGCUGGGCUGCUCUUCCAUGGGAUGCUGCUGCUGAGGGGCCAGACCACAUGGGAGUGGGCUCGGGGCCAGCACUCUUAUGACCUGGGCCCUUGCCACAACUUGCAGGCUGCCCUGGGGCCCCGCUGGGUCCUCGUCUGGCUCUGGCCCUUCCUGGCCUCCCCAUUGCCUGGGGAUGGGAUCACUUUCCAGACUGCAGCUGAUGUGGGCCUCGUGGCUUCCUAACUCCAGGAGGAGCCGGAGCUGUUCAGGGAGAGGGUAGCAGGAAAGGGGGCUCCUAACUCCUUUCGGGCCCAUCCCCAGCCUCCCGUCCCAUCCUUGGCCUUGCCCCUGCCCAGCCUGGACUCCAGUGUCCAGGGCUUGGGUCCUGCAGCUCUGCCUCUAUUGGCCCCCCGAGUAGAGUGGACAGUUGGUAAGGGGCUGCUUGGCCAGCCUAGUCACCCCUUUGCUGGGUUAAUAAAGUACCCAC